CAGAUGUAAACGACGACAGUGGCGUGCUUGUAAACAACAUGUUUGUUUAUUUAAUUUUUUACGGCGAAUUGUGAAUGUAAUACUCUGUAACCAAUGGAAGAUUAUGUAGAACAUUUGUGGCGUUCAGCGGACAGUCUUCCACAGACAGGAACGGAAAAUACGAAAGUUCGCUCAUAUUUAUUAUCUCUUUGCAAGGAAAUUUUAGCAAAGGAAGGUCUUGAACCACCAAGCAAAUUCUUUGGUGGAUAUGCAAUAUGUAAAUUUUGUUUAAAUCAUUGGAAAUCAGGACGAUUUACAGUUAGAAUUCUUCCUAGAGUAGUUCCUGGUAAACGAAUGAAGAAAAUAAUUCGAAAAAAGCUCUCAGAUACAAUAUCUCUGAACAAGCAUGAGCUGCGUCUCUUUGAAAGAUAUGAAAAGAGCAACACCAAUAAAUUGAUUAUCAUGUGCCUUGAAUGCCACAAGAAGACAAUAAUUUCUUCCAAGAAGCCAUUCACCAAUUUGUACAAAGCUAAAGAAUCGGAAUCAGCCCCUGAAUAUAAUGAAACACAGACACCAAGCAAGAAGAAAAAGAAAAAGAAACGUGAUCCAUUUGCUGGGCUUAAACCCUCUGUUUGCACCCCUCUUUCCACCAAAAUUAAGAACAGUCCAGUAGGAACUUCUAGUCCUGCACGGAAAAUAAAUUCGAAAAGUUCAACUGCUGGAAAUGUUUCUGUGAGACAAAAGAGUACUCCUCUUAGUACCAAGACUGGUUACAAGAGUAGAAUAAAGAACACAAAUACUCUGCAAAAACUUCUAGCAAAUAGCUCUAAAAAGCAAAAAGUGUCUUCACUGAAAGUGUUCCUGGACUCUGUGACAUGACUGGCUGUUUUGCCUCUGUGUAUAAAAUAUAAAUAUUGAGAGUA